UUGUCCACUUCACUCUCACUGCCCUCUGCUGCACUCCUCGAUUCUUGUAGUAGAAACUAAUUUUUUUUUUACUAUUACUCCUCUCUCUCCUAGUCCUAUCACCACCGUCACCGCCACCAUCAACUCUCAAAACCCUAACAAAUUUUCAAAUUCAAAUUCAAAUUCUUAAUCGUUAAUUUCAAAAUCAGGUUUGGCCGUCUAACACUCACUUUAUUUUCAACUUUGUUUGAUUUUCCUUUCAUUUCCGUACAUUUUGGGUUUUGCGUGUAGGUAGGGUUUUUUUUUUUUCCUUUUCUCUUUUGGUGUGGCGAAGAUGGUUGUGCAGUCGCCGAAAUGUGUACAGGAGAGUAGUAUUUCGAACGGAGAGGUGAGUUUGAGGACCGAUUCGGAGUUUCAGAAGAGGGUGAGUCCGAGGCUCAAGGAGAAGCAGCGAGUCGAGAAGGAGCUUUUGGUUCGGCGAAGAGUGGAGCUCUUGGAUGACAACGAAGAAGUUGUAGCGUCAGCAGUAGGAGGAGGAGGAGGAGGAGGAGGAGGAAGCGAAGAAAAAAGCAGCGAGAAGAAGAAGAAGACCUAUAAAAGGAGGUGUAUUGGUGGAAAUGUGAAUCAAGAGGAAGAGAAGAAGGUUAAUGGAGAGGUGGCGAAGAGCGCCGAAGAUUCCGAGGCCGGAAAUGGCGCCGUUAAAAGCGUGGUGGCUGAGAAAAGUGACAUUGCUAAGGUCAAGGAGACUAUCAGAUUGUUCAACAAGUACUACCUCCUUCUUGUUCAGGAAGAGGAAAAGAGGUGCAGAAAAGUCGAAGCCGAUAAGAAAGCCUCUAAAGUUUCAAAAUCUAAGAAAAAAGAGUCAAAAGCAACCAAAGGCUCGAAAUCUAAGAAACUGGUUGUCCCUGUCCUUCCGGAAGAUACAAAGAGCAAGGCCAAGCGACCUGAUUUGAAGGCCAUAUCUAAGAUGAUGGAGAAUGGUGAAAUAUUGUACUCUGAGAAAAGAAUUGGUAAUAUUCCAGGCAUUAGGGUUGGGCAUCAGUUCUAUUCACGGGCUGAAAUGGUUGCUGUUGGUUUUCAUAGUCACUGGCUGAAUGGCAUUGAUUAUAUGGGGCAGAAUUACAGCAAAUUGGAGGAGCACAAGGGCAAAACAUUCCCACUAGCAGUUGCCAUUGUUUUGUCUGGCAUGUAUGAGGAUGACUUGGAUAAUGCUGAGGAUGUUUUAUAUACGGGUCAAGGUGGACAUGAUUUAACUGGUAAUAAACGUCAAAUUCAGGAUCAAAAAAUGGAACGUGGAAAUUUGGCACUCAAGAACUGUGUGGAACAGAAAGUUGCUGUAAGAGUCAUUCGUGGCCAUGAAUCUAAAAGCAGUUACUGUGGCAAAGUUUACACGUAUGAUGGCUUGUACCAGGUUGUUCACUACUGGGCAGAGAAGGGUAUUUCUGGAUUUACCAUAUUUAAGUUUCGCCUAAGGCGACAAGACGGGCAGCCACUAUUGACCACUAACCAGGUUCAGUUUUCUUAUGGGCGUGUGCCGCAGUCUGUUUCAGAAAUACGUGGGUUGGUGUGUGAGGACAUCACUGGUGGUCAAGAGGAUAUUCCCAUUCCAGCUACAAAUUUGGUUGAUGAUCCACCUGUUGCACCCGCAGGUUACAAGUAUUGCAAGUCUAUACAAGUUGCAAAAAAUGUGAAGCUUCCCACAAAUGUCCCUGGGUGCAACUGCAAUGGAAAAUGUGUGGACCCCAGGACUUGUGCUUGUGCUAGGCUUAAUGGCUCAGACUUUCCUUACGUAUCUCGUGAUGGUGGCAGAUUAAUUGAAGCCAAGGAUGUUGUCUUUGAAUGUGGUCCAAAUUGUGGCUGUGGACCAGAUUGUUUGAACCGUACAUCUCAGAGAGGGCUGAAGUAUCGACUUGAGGUUUUCCGCACUCCAAAGAAAGGGUGGGCUGUUCGAUCUUGGGACUUCAUACCUUCUGGGGCACCAGUUUGUGAGUACACAGGAAUACUUAUGCACACAGAGGAUACAGAUAGUGUCUCUGAGAAUAAUUAUAUUUUUGACAUUGAUUGCUUGCAAACAAUGAGGGGUCUUGGUGGAAGAGAGAGGCGAUUUGGAGAUGUAUCUGUACCAACAAUCAUUUCUUCAGACAGACAUGAUGAUCUGAGAUCAGAAAGUGUGCCAGAGUUUUGCAUCGAUGCAGGUUCAACCGGAAAUAUUGCCAGGUUUAUUAAUCACAGUUGUGAGCCUAAUCUUUUUGUCCAAUGUGUUUUGAGCUCACACCAUGACAUCAAGCUUGCUCGAGUAAUGCUAUUUGCAGCAGACAACAUACCUCCUUUGCAGGAACUGACGUAUGACUAUGGCUAUGCCCUUGAUAGUGUGUAUGGUCCAGAUGGAAAGAUAAAACAGAUGGCUUGUUACUGUGGUGCGCCAGAUUGUAGAAAGCGGUUAUUCUAGCUAUCCUACUUUGAAGGUAAUGGCCAUUUAGCUUCAAUCCAACAGGCAACCAAAGCCAUGAACAUGACUUCAUGCUCAGAAUAGCUUUGGGGAGAAGGGUUAUUCUGGAAACGUUAAACAGGUAACCUUGCACUUCAACAGAAACUUGUCUUUCAAAUGAUGUACAGGCCUAGAGGGAGGCAAACCACGUGGCAGACUGGAUACUGAUCCCAACCUAUUGCAAAAUGAAAUUAACUCCAGGGAUUUUUACCUGGAGUUCGAAUCUGAACUCAUCCUGAUGGGGCCGGAAAUGCCUGAGCUCAGAGGCUCUUGGCAGAAGACUGAAAUGGAAGCGACACCAUUUUUUUGGUCUCUAUUUAUUUUCCGCUUAAACAAAUUGGAUGAUCUUUUUUACUUCGAUAUUGAUGAGUAGAGCCUUUUUUUCUUUUUUUCUCAUUACUCGUUCCGUUCCUUUUUAUUGGAUUUCUACAUAUCAUUUUUUUCAUUACAAAUCUUUUAUGUAAUAUACCUCCCGUUUAAAAUUUUCAGUUCCAAAUUUUAAUUAGACGUGAGACGUGAUUUUAUUUGAUUGUGUGCUUUAUGUGGUU